UUCCGAAGUGCAAUAUCCAAUUCAAGUGCACACAGUGUUCAGAGCGCCAGCACGUCUACAAGUAAACACCGCUUUGUACACAAGAAUCAUUGCAAAUUCGCUGUUCUUCAUCAAAAAGAAUUCCUCUAUACGGCAAAACAGAAGGUUGUUUCGAGCUCUACUCGAUCACUAUGAAAACGAUAGCUAUUCUCUCGAUUUUCUUGAUGACUCAGUUAAGCGACAAUUAUCAAACAUUAGCAGUGCUUUUCAAGGUUCACAGAACGGUACAAAACGGUGCAGAUUCCUUCGAGAUUCCUUCUUCUUUGUGCCCACAUAACAACGAGUAUGAUUGCAACGCCUUUAAUGCGGAAGCUAUCACUCAGAGCUGCAACUGUUCCUGUCUUUUAAAGGAGGCCACAUUCAAGCCGUUUGAAACGCAAUGGUCAUGCUACGAGAACAAUGAUGUAAGGAUGAAUCUACAAUCUCAACAACACAUCAAACCUGGUGAAAAAGGUUGUACACAAGCUAUGAGAACAAUGUUCAUCGACGAGUCUUUAAAUUCAAGUUUGCGCGUAUUAAAUAUCGGUGACGAGAAGGAAAUUUCUUUACCUAACAACUGGGAUAGAUGCACGUUAAACAGGGCAUACACUUGGUAUUCCGAGUGUGAUGAUUCACGACUUUCUUUAGCGCAGAAACUCGAUGUGAUAGACAAUCUAUUUAAACUGGAAAGUGGACGACAAAAUUACAUUUUACAGGUUGAAAAAAAUGUUUUCGACUCACACUUACUGAGGGGGCACAUUAUCAAUUUGGGUAUUCAGUGUGCGAGUACAAGUGCAACACAAAACCGAAAUCGCUGCUUGUUGUUUAAGAUGGAAGGAAGUAUCAUAUGCGACGUCACCAAUACUUCUAAACCGCCACUACGGAAAGUCCCUUCCACAUCACCAGAUAUGAUUUCAUCGACGCCGAAAACCACCACAAUUCCUAAAACGGAUGGGCACCAAGAAACUGCCACCCUUCAGCCAAGUACAACACUCGAAAUCUCGUCAUCUCCUACGCGACAGAACGUCGCACUUCAAAGUACUACUUCACGCUCCCAUCCAGAUGACACUGGACGAAGCACAGGUCACAACAGUCAGCAAAACGCUGUUUGGAUCAUCAUAAGUGUCUCAGUAUCUUCUAUGGUCCUCGUCAUCAUUAUGGCUUUCGUCGUAUGUCGACGCAGUCUAAGUUCCAAAAACAUAGGCCACAUGGGAACAGUUGAAGGAAGGGAAUCACAGGUUCCAGAAGUCAUCCAUUCGCAUACAAACGCAGAGUUUCCCGAGGAAGAACCGAAUGGUUACUUUUCACUCACUUUCAGAGAGCCUUCUAUCUAUACUUCGACAUAUCAAGUACCAGUGGACCGGAGAACCUCAUUCAACGAGAUAAGCAAUCCCUUGGGGCAAACCUUUGAAGAUGAACAAAUGCACGAUCCAUUCCCCUUCCCUCAGAGACACAACUUUAAAAGCUUUAAUCAAAUCCCCCAGAUUCCAGCGUUUGUAAAGAAGCAGGCAGAACUUUGGGACAGAACCUUGAAACAAACCUUUGAAGAUGAACACAUGCACGAUUCAUUCCCUGUCUCUCAGAGACCCAACUUUCAAAGCUUCAAACAAAACCCCCAGAUUACAGCGUCUGUGAAAAAGCAGACAAAAACUUGGGCCAGAACCUUGGGACAAAACUUAGAAGAAGAACAAGUGCACGAUCGACUAAACGUUCCCCAGAGACAAAAAUUUCAGAGCUUUAAACAUAACCCCCAGAUUCCAGAAUCUGUGAAGAAGCAUGCUAAAAAUGAAACAAUAAGGUUCCUUCAAGAGUAUGGUCCGCUAAGUAUUGAACAACUUGUGUACAAUAUCGUGGAGGAAAUAUUGAUAGGGGGCCAGGAGACGACGGACGCAGACGAGGACCAAAAUGAAAACGAUCCAGUGUACCAAGUUAUAGAGGAGUUUUGUGGUGAACCACCACAGGACACCACUCAACAUGAUGAUGCAAUAAGUGCGACCCGGGAUCCAGUUUACAGCAUUUUGGAGGAGACUGUUUAUAAUAAGGAGAGCCAAAAGAAUCCUGAAAUUUCUGAUUGUUAAUUAGAUGAAACGUCAAAGAAGAAAAAAAGGAAACAUUUACAAGAUGUCGAGAAUGAUUUACAUUGAAGACUAUUAAGCACAAAAGAUGCACGUAUUGUCCUGACAAGAUGCUUAACAUAAAAUACGAGUUGCGAUAGGUAGCUUUAAAGAAUUCGUUUUGCUUUUGGAGAGCUGAGGACUUGACUAAUUGUUCAAGCGGUGUAACUGACUACAUAAAAUUGUUUUCGAGUCUGCACAGCCUUACAACAAAGCAAGGUUUCACGCCAAGUAAGGUCAUGUCAAGCAUGCGCUGUAUUUAGUAUCCACUAAACCGCAUGCAAACAGUUGAGCUUGUUAACAAAUACAUUUUUUCGGGGAGGGCCUGGCAAAAACCAACCCAAAUCACUCUACGAUAUUAAAAAGUUCGCAAGACCUUAA